AUGUCUUUUGGCCUUAAUAAUGCCCCAGUAGCUUUUAUGGCCUUAAUGAAUAGAGUCUUCCACGAUGUCUUGGACAAGUUUGUGAUAGUCUUUAUUGAUGACAUCUUGGUUUACUCCAAGAAUGAGGAAGAGCAUGCUCAACAUUUGAGGUUUGUUCUACAAAGACUGAGAGAGAAGCAACUUUAUGCAAAAUUCAGCAUAUGUGAAUUCUGGUUGCCUCAAGUUGGGUUCCUAGGCCAUAUAAUUUCAGCCAGAGGGAUUGAAGUAGACCCUGGGAAGGUUAAAGCUGUAGUGAAUUGGGAGAGUCCCAAGACUGUGACAGAGAUAAGAAGUUUUCUGGGAUUAGCUGGAUACUAUAGGAAGUUUAUAGAGAACUUCUCCAAGAUAGCUAUGCCCAUGACACAGCUUACCAGAAAAGGUGCUAAAUUUGAAUGGAAUGAAGACUGUGAGAACAGCUUUCAAGAGUUGAAAAAGAGGUUGGUGACAGCCCCAGUACUUGUCCUUCCUAAAGAAACUGAGGGAAUGGUUGUAUAUACUGAUGCCUCCAAGACAGGGCUAGGGUGUGUGUUGAUGCAACAUAGGUCUAGAUAG